AUGGUCAAACAGAAAGUGACAUCGAAGUCGUCAAAAAGGUACAGAUACUCGUCUUUCAAGGACAAAAUCGAUGAUCUCAGGAUAGAGCCUGCUAGGAAUUUGGGGAAGAGAGUCCACGACCAUGUCGAGUCUUCCCACUUCUUGGCUUCUUUCGAGCACUGGGAAGACACGAAUAUGAGUGCUAAUUUCGCAUCGUUUGCUGAUGAUGUUAGGCCCAUGGCUCAAACAUUGCCCCAGAUUCUCUUCCAUGAAGAGCAGAUUUUUGAACAGUUAUACAAGCAUAUCAGCAAACAUGACGAAUACUCAUUACAACCGUUGCUAGAUUUACUAGCGCAAUUUUGCCACGAUCUGGGUCCAGAUUUCAUGAAAUUCUACGAAAGGGCCAUGCAUAUGCUGACUACUUUACUUGAUGAUGCUGCGAAUUUUGAAUCAUCAAACGUCUUUGAGUGGGGUUUCAACUGCCUAGCGUAUGUUUACAAGUAUCUAUCCAGGGUACUCGCUCAAGAUCUGCUUCCCACAUAUAACUUACUUUUCCCCCUCGUUUCGCAUCGCAAGGAGUACCUAUCCAGAUUUUCUGCAGAAGCGCUAUCUUUUCUAGUUAGAAAGGCCAAGCUGAAAAGCUUGAGCGCGUUUGUCACUCACGCGUUUAACCAACUUCGAGACGUUACCGAAUCUACGGAGGAAAACGCUUGCGAAAAUAACAUCUAUGAUGGGCUCAAAAUGCUCUUCACCGAAGCACUCAUUACAACGAAAGAAUCACUACAUUCAAAGUUUAACGUCAUAAUGGAAGCAUUGGUUCACGAAUGUCUUAGCGGUGCUGGUGACCAGUGCUGCAUUUCAUUAGUGGCCGAUGUUACAAUGAACGUAUUAAGGCAUGCUUCGUCCGACAAUGCGCCCCCAGUAUACGAUGUUUUCAUCUCGGAAGUUAAAGGCUUCCUCGAAGAUCCAUCUGCUAAACUGGAUGCACCCAUGAAACUUUUGCUGACUCUAGCAUUCGCCGAAAGUGGCAAAAAGGUCAAAUCUUGGCCAGAAUUAAUCGAUUCCGUGCAAAAAGUUCUAUGUCACGCUAACGUGAGGUCCCUUUCGCCGGAAGUGACAGCCUUAGCUUUCUGUAGCAUUUUGCGUAAUGCUCCUAUUCCUGACCUCACCAAAUUUCACAGAACUCUUUUCGACUUCUAUCUCAACAACUUUCCGCAAAACUUCAUAGAGUUUUUCAAAAUGGGCCUUUCCAUGGACAAAGACAGGAUGUUUUCUUUCAACGGUGCUAAAUCUCUCCAAAGGUAUAUUGAUCAAAAUUGGGAAUUUAAUGAGAAAAAGAUAGCACUUUUUCUCAUGGAGUCCAGGCAAAAUUCACCUUUAGGGCAAAAACUUGCGCUUACUAUUCCAAAGCAGUUUGCUGAAAGUAUUGCCCAUGGUAUUAGUGCUGAAAGUGAACAUUUGCGCCUUGGUAGUUUGUUUCAAAUACUCUGGAAAAUGCAAGUACUCUAUUAUACUAGCUACGACGCAUCUACUGUCAUAGAGCCAUUGAUAAAAACAUUGCUACAACAGGAGCGUUUGAAUGAUUUUGAAAAGGAUGUCCUAGGUAAUAUGUUAUUGUUGCUUAAUCCAAGGGACAACGGAAACGUACUUGAAAUUCUAGACUUUGCAGUGACUAAUCUAGGAAAGUUUCAGGAUAGCGUACUGUGCAUAAAAGGUUUGCGUCAACUCCUUGGUAAACUUGAGAAUGGCUCAAACAAAUUUUCCCAAGCAUGUGAGAAUCAAGCAUUUAUCCAGAUUUCUGGUAAUUUGUGCUUGCCUGAUGAGCAAAUACGGUAUGAGUCACUGAAACUUCUUAUUUCUCUCCUCAAAUAUCAAGGCUUAGAAGUUCCGGAAAUUUUGAACGACUGUAAAAUAAUUGAAGAAAUUCCUAGAAAUCUUCAGACCGCCCGUGAUAUUACUAUGAGAAUUAGGAAGUUAGGAUCUGACUUUGCGAAGAUGGAACCAGAAUCCCUUGUUUCUCAUGUGGUUUUUAAUUAUCUCUUCGGUAUCCUUACGGUUAGGUUUUCACCAGUCUGGGAAGGAGCAUAUGAGGUUUUGUGUGAUGUUUACGAAAAAAAUCAUGAACUAGUGUGGAGCUUGUUUUCAAAGUUUGUUGAAGUUUUGGAUAAUAAUUUUAGAUUGGAGUACUACGAGAAAUCUCAGCUCGAAGAAGAGCGUGCAGUUUUCUGGUCUGUCAGUACCAGCAGGCUCAACGACGUUCUUCAAACUUGUGCCGACGUUUUCAACUCAUACUCCUUCGCAGAAUCUUCAAUCCUGGAGCUUUUAAAGAACAGAAGAGGUGACUUAACCUAUCCUGGUCUCAUUAGGAACCAGGCCCUGAAGGGACUGUUACGUAUUCCUCAAUUGGCAGAGCGGCAUUCCAGAGAUAUUGUUCCUUAUAUGUUGAAAACAGAUCCGUCCGAAGAAAAUGCCCUGGCGCUAGAGGGUGUAGAGGAGAGGCCAUCUAGCUCAAGCACCUGGUCAGAGGCCGACCGUAAGCUCCUUCUUCAAUUAAUUGGUAAGUUCAAGAACAUCAAGUCGAUCUACAAAUCCGAGGAGGUUUAUCAAAGGUUUAUGGACCUUCUUGGGAGUCGAACCACUGAAAUCCAGAAACUAGCGCUGGAUGGCAUUCUCGCUUACAAAGAAAGCGUAGUAAUCAAAUACAGGGAUAACUUGAGAAAUCUGCUGGACGAUAAUGCAUUCAAGGACGAAAGUUUGAAGUUACUGUCUCACAGCAAUGAUAGAAUAGUGGAAGAUAAUGAUGAAACUUUCCUUAUGCCUUUAGUCCUGCGAAUACUUUUCGGCCGCGCUCAAACUCCAGUCACUAGCGGUCUGAAGAAGAGCAGGAAGACAGCAGUUAUUACUCUUCUCCCAAGCCUUCAUGAAAAAUACGUUAUCGGUUUUUUGAGACUUGCAAGUGAAGGGCUUCCAUACAAAAAGUUCCUGGAGCAGGGAACUGGAUUUGAUUCCACAAUUCUGAGUAAGCAUUUGCUGAGAAGAAUGGCUGGCUUUGCAGCGUUGGGUAAUUUGGCAAUCAAGUCUUUGGGCUCUAAGUAUCCCAAUGCAACAGUGGCGCUGCUCGACCCAGCCCUAUACACGGCAUGCGUGUCAAAUGAAGUGGCUUCUAAGAAGUCUGAAGAAGAAGUUGUACUGAAACAAGCUGGAAACGUUAGACAGGCAAUUAUGAAGUUAAUCCUCAACUUAUUUUCCACUGUCGGAACAUUGAUAGACUGGGAUAGUUCAGUUCAAAAAAUUCACAAACUUGUUUUGCAGCCGAGGAUUUCAAAUUUCGAAUAUGACAACUUACAACACCCAUCCUCCCUCAUGAGUUUGUUCUGUCUUUGGGCAACAGACACUUGCUUUUACAAAUUUCUUUACCAUGACGAGUGCUCUGUUGCAAAAGCUCUUAUGAAGCUUCUUGGCAAUUCAAAUGCUAAAGAAAUUGUUAUUGAGAACACAUUAAAUUUCUCCAAUUACAUUAUUAAAAACCCGACGAAAGAUGAUGCCUAUGUCGAUCUUGUUUCAUUAGUCGCAUCCACGUGCUUAAGAGAGCUUCCAGGCCUUUUGAAGAAUGCAAAGAGUCAAGAAGUUGUCUCUAUCACAGUCGAUUUGCUACUUAACUUGGUUGAGGCUGGCUAUGUGGACGAAGACGAAACCAAAAAAUAUCUACUAAGUUCUUUGGCUCACAUUCUUGAAGGAGAAGUCAAAGGUGUGCAAACCGCGGAUAAAGUCAAGGUUUUGCAAUCCAUCGCGUCUCUGAUCAUUGGCUACAACUGUGAGUGGACUGAGAUAGAGCACCUGUACAGGUCAUGUUCAAAGCUUUAUCGCGUUUUCGCUGAGAAAAGCUUGAGGCUGAGUCUCAACAAGGUUUUCAUAAGCAUUGGCACUCAAUUUGAACAUCUAAGCAAAGUUGCAGGAUUGUUGUCCGAACUCAAUGCCUAUUCGACGGACAGAAUGGAAAGCUAUAACUUCAAAAGCGUGUUACCUGCUUUCAAGAAAAUUGCGGACGGUUCGUGCCAAUUAACUGAUGAGCUUGAAUGGCUACCAGUCAUCCACACAUGUCUCUACUUCAUCACAGACGAAGAGGAACUUGCAAUUAGGACAAACGCAACUCACACCAUCAAGCUUUUGAUUGACUACUCAAACUCAAAGAGCUCCGCUAGCGAUGCCGAGAAAGCAGUAGAACUUAUUGGCUCUGACCUUAUCCCACACAUCAAAAAUGGGCUACGGCAUAAAAACAUAGAGAUUCAAGUUGAAUAUAUUUCGGUGGUUUCCUACAUCAUCGCAAAUUCCAUCUACUACACUGAACUGAAUGACAUGAAAAGCUUGCUGUUCAAGGGCGACGAAGAAGCCAACUUUUUCACCAACUUGACACAUAUUCAACUUCAUCGCCGGCAGAGAGCAAUCAAGAGAUUAGGUGAGAAUGCAUCAACUCUUUCAGGAAGUAGUAUUUCUCACUACUUGAUUCCAAUGGUUGAGCGCUAUAUUUAUUGUACUGACGAGAAGUACCGAAACAUUUGUAACGAAACCAUCUCAACUGUCGGGCUACUGACGCAUUUUGUUACUUGGAAUCAAUACAAGGCAGUCAUUCGGAGAUUCACAGCUGCUCUCAAGCAAAAGCCAGCAUUUUUGAAGGAAAUGGUGUCACUCAUUGUUCAGUGCUCCAAAUCUUUGAUGAAAUCAAUGCAAGCAGCUAGGGCACAGGACCCUAGUAACAUAAGCUUGAAAAAGUUCCCAAAGACACUUACUGAGCCUGAAAAUUUCAUACAGGGUGAAAUCUAUCCUACUUUCAAGAAUAUACUUAAUACGAGAAAUGAGGAUACGAUUGUUGCGAGGAUCCCACUUUGCGAAGCCACUGUCAAUUUUAUCUUGGGUCUAGAUCCAAACGACAGAGGGCGUCUCCUCCCAGGAGCUCUAAGCUCUAUUUGUCAGGUUUUACGCAGUAGGUCUGAAGAACUUCGUGAAGCCGUGCGUAAAAGCUUAGCAAGCAUUAGUGUUGUAUUGGGACCUGAAUAUUUGACUUUCAUUCUGAACGAGUUGAAAUCGGCUCUAAGAAGAGGCUCUCAAAUCCAUAUUUUGAGCUACACUGUACACUCUCUUCUAGUUGCGAUGUCACAUUCGUUGUCACACAAAGAUCUUGAUACUAACUCGGCAUUGAUUGUGAGUAUAAUCAUGGAGGACAUUUUUGGAGCCGCAGGGCAAGAGAAGGAAGCCGAAGGCUACUCUUCAAAACUCAAAGAGCUUAAAUUUAACAAGAGCUAUGAUACUGGCGAAAUAUUAGCUUCUAACAUAUCCUUACCAGCCUUCGGAUCCCUCUUGCAUCCUAUUCGGGCGCUACUGUCCGAGAAUUUAGGCCUGAAAAAUCGUCGCAAGCUAGAUGAGCUCAUGAGGAGAUAUGCGCUAGGUCUCAACCAUAACGAGGAAAGUUCUUCCAAGGAUGCUUUGAUCUUGUGCUAUGAAAUUUUCACCCAGUCAGCGAAUUUUACUUCCAAAGGAGGUAGUUUUAAGCCUAAAGCCUCCAACAAGCUGAAGGCGAGAGAUGACUCUUUUUUCAUUGUCAACCUCAAUGCGAAAGAUGGGAGGGUUCAAACGGAGACGAAUCCAAAUGGCAGCGUGCUGCAAAAGUUCUCGCUUGAUCUGCUCAAAGCCGUGCUAGCGCGUAAUCCAAAUUUGCUAGAAGCUCCUUACCUGGAAGGUUUCAUUCCUCUUUUGCAAGGCUCUCUUGACUGCGAUGAUGAAAGCGUGUUGGUGAGCGCUCUUCGUGUCCUUACCGUCUUCGUAAAGCUCAACUUCGACGAAGAUAGCGAGGGCAUUUUCAAAAACUGUGCAAGGAAAGUACUCAACAUUAUUAAGGAUUCACCUUCGACGUCCACUGAGAUUUGUCAGGUUAGUCUCAAAUUUUUGUCAUCCUUGAUACGCCAUAAGGAUGUGAAGCUCAAGGACACGGCUUUAAGCUUCAUUUUGGAGCGCGUACGGCCGGACUUGAACGAGCCUAACAAGCAAGGCUUAGCUUUUAACUUUCUGAAAUCAUUGCUUGCCAAACACGUUGUAUUGCCUGAAAUGUAUGACAUUGUUGAUUCUGUUGCAGGAAUUAUGGUCACAAAUCACUCGAAAGAGAUCAGGGAUGUGUCUAGAAGUGUCUACUAUCAGUUCAUCAUGGAGUAUGACCAAAGUCGUGGUCGUUUGGAGAAGCAGUUCAAGUUUUUAGUGUCCAAUUUGGAGUAUCCUUCUCAGGAAGGGCGUCAAUCAGUCAUGGAGCUUAUUAAUUUGAUUGUGAACAAAUCUAGCCAAGAUUUGCUUCGAAGGUUAUCAGCAUCGUUUUUCCUUUCUCUAUCUAACGUUGCUGUGAAUGAUAACUCACCUCGCUGCCGCGAAAUGGCUUCUGCGUUACUACGUAACCUACUUGCAAAGUUGGGACAAGGAAAUAUUGGAACUGAAGAAAAGUACAUUUUGGCUUGGCUGAAACAAGAUACUGCAAGCUUUCUGGAACUCGGCCUAAGGAUUUACAAAAUUUACUUAUCAUCGAUGUCGUUAGGGGCUAACAGUGAACUAGAUGGACUAGCUCUUUCAAAAGCGAGGAAAAUCAUUGCGGAAAGUGACGCAGGGUCUGAGACAGAGUGGAAUCUUGUGUACACCGCUUUAAACGUUUUGACCGCCUAUGUUGAUGCAACAGAUGAGGCUUUUGCAGUUUCGAAUACACCAAUGUGGACGUCUGUCAUCAACUGCCUGCUUUACCCUCACCCAUGGGUGAGACUCAUCAGUAGCAGGAUGGUCAACAAGUAUGUCGGUCACCAAGGUAAACUUGAAAAUCCAUUUUCAGACUUGGAAAUCCAAAACAUUGCCUACCGUAUCUUCCGCCAACUUGGAGCGCCCUCCAUCUCUGAGUCUCAGGCAACGACAUCCAUAAGGACCAUAAUCACGAUCAUGGCAAGGUGGCAGAAAGAUAACACACCUUUCGUGACAGCAGGCGAAGGUGACCGCAAAUACAAUACUGCAAUCGACUUUGCUCUUUCUCGUAUUGGUUCGAUUAUAAGAGAUGAAGAAAAUGGGCGAGAGCUAUUUCCCUCCAAAAAAGCAUGUGUGCAACUACUUGCUCUUAUCAUACAACUUCUGGAUGAGGAACAGCUCAAACACGGUGCUAAUACAAUCAUUUUAUCUCUUUUCACCUAUCUGGAGGAUGAAAGAAGGAACCUCGACGAAAGGAGCGAGGAGCUCAAACAACUUGCUCAAGAGUGCCUGGAACUUUUGCAAGGCAAGCUUUCAGUUGCCGAUUUCACUACGAUUUACUCUUCCGUGAAGCAUGAAGUAACCCGCCGGAGAUAUGAGAGGAGAGCAAAACGUGCGACACUCGCUGUUGUCGCGCCUGAGGCUGCGGCGAGACGCAAAUUGAAAAAGCAUGCAAGAUCAAAAGAGAAGAGGAAGCACGAGAAAGACGAAAAUGGAUAUUACCAUGCUAAAAAUAAGAAAAGAAAGUUUUAG